GGACAAACGAGAUUUUAUAAUUCUCUCUUGAUAGACCAUAGAACACGGAAUUCGAUAGUGGUACAGUGAUCACGUUCAUUCUCCAAAAUGUUGCGACGUCGCGUGUGUGAUUCAUGCCAUGCCCGAAAGGUUCGGUGCGAUAAGGAAGACCCGUGCGGAAACUGCCAGGAUCAAAUGACCGAUUGCACUCGACUUCGGGGCAUGAAGCGAUUACCGAAAUUACCGAAGCGAGAGGCUGUCCAAACGCGAACUAGAGGGAGCAGAAUUCCAAGAGACAGGACCCUCGUUUCUCAGCUUUUGAUUACAGGCCGACGGUCAAGACAAGUCUCCGUCGAACAGUCAAGUGAGGGUUCUAUGUUGAAUGACCUCCCACCUCCCAUCGAGCAUGGACUCUUGGAUUUGCCAGAUGACCUAUAUUCACCGCUGAUUGGGCCCACCAUUGACACAAAUUAUGAGUUGCCAGGCUGGGUGUCGCUCAUUCCUCUCACGGACGCCCAGAUAAUCAAACAACCCAAUUCAGGACAAUCGCUGGAGCUGGUUCGAGGCAGGCAUCAGACUCUCGAGUUCGCUCUAUCCAUUGCAAGCCAACUGCUAGGUGGCAUGAGCCGAUGUACAGGCAUGCUAUUUGAAACAACAAGAAAUGAGGAAUUGCACAGCUUUCCUCCCAUUGAGCUACUGUAUUGGAUGCUGAACGACAUCGGAAGCAACAGAUUUGGAUCCUAUGUCCAGGACUUUUUUCGACAUAUUAGUAACGAAACCCUCAAGCGCAUGGGUCUAUCUAUUUUGUUAGGAACUGCUACGGCGUCCGAUGCUUUGCUUUACACUGUCUGCGUCAAUUCUGUGGCGUACAAGUUCCUUGAUACGGUAGCUGCUAUUGAGAGCGAUACCAUUCUGGCUCAGAGUCUGCGGCAUAGCGCUCUGCUCUACCGGGAAACUGCUCAAAGAGCCCUCAGAAAGAUUACUCUCUUUACGGAGUCGUCGCUCCCUUUGUUACAGGCUACAUUAUGUGGAAUAUUUCUAUAUCAAGGAUUAGGCGACGUUAGCACUUGUCAAGAGUUGACCAAAACUGCGUGCAGAGUAUGCAUGGAUAUCGGUCUUCAUCCGGAUGCCACUGGGAUGCAAAAUUUAGAUGAAGAGGAGUACUACUGCUUCAUGUGGUGCUACAUUUUGGACAGGAACUACGCCUGGAAAAUCGGGAGACCAGGAAUACUUACAUUGGGACCUGAUACGAGGGUGGACCCUCCCACAUCGAGACUUAUUAUUUCAACACUCCUCUUAAUAUACUUAGAAUUAGCCAAGAUCCAGGACACGAUGAUACCCUUCUUAAUUGACUCCUCUACGGGUGAUUGGAAUGUCUGCCGGGCUUUCAAUAGCGUCGCGUCGCAGCUCCUGCGGGACAUGUAUGCCAUCCGUGGGAAAAUCGAUCAGAUUGAAUCUCCCUCGCCAAAUUGGACUGGCCUUGACGUCAGCAGCGAAAUGGCAUCCCUCAAUUUCUCAUACCACUCCAUAAUGACCAGCAUUUUAUACCUACACCAAAUCGCCCCAGGACAAGUAACCAUAGAGACCUGCCUCACAUCAGCACGGCAGGAGUUACGGGCUCUAAUAACCAUCUGCGAGUCAAAUAACACACCGAAGACGGUUGCUUAUCUACACUGGACCCUCCUAUACUACCCCAUCACAGCAUGCUUCGCACUCUUCUGCAACGCCGUCGCAACAUGUCAUCACGGGGAUUUUCAGAUCCUCAAGGCCCUCGAAAAUUGUCUCGCGCACAGCGGGACAAUGAGUCAGCCUAUCGCUACGAUGCAGAAUCUUUUUCAGCAGUUUGUGGCACUGUCGAGGUGCUUUCUCAGUGAGGAGAACUUGACCUUGAAUUAUUCAGGAGGGAAUGUAAGUACAUUGCAGUCUCAAGUGCACUUGGGGUUUCAACCGCUGGACGGUGGUAUACUUGAUUACUCUCAGACCCCGUCAAAUUUGCCUUCUUGGUUUGGCUCUGCUGUUAACCAGGACACUAUAUCCUGGUCUAAUGGGGAUGUUGAAAGCGUGGCCUUUUCGUCACCUUUGGGUGCUUUUCAAAGCCAUGAUGCUCUAUGCGAUAGUCAAAAUUUCUCCAGUCAGGCGGAGUCGGACUAAGAUCGGACCAAUAUACCCCCUCAGGACCGAUGGCCUCUCUGUCGCAGGAAUUGUUUUAUACACACCUACUCAUAUGACCCUCUGUACAAUUUGGCUCGUUUCGUGACAUUUCCAGCUCACAUGCCAUAUUCGCCUCAAUAGAAAUUCUCCUUAGAUUUCUGAUACAGCAGAACAUAAGAGACUCUGCACCGGGUUUGUAAUGGAUAUUUCACGAAUCACGCACCACUGAAGCAACUAGAAACGAACUGCAUUGGGGCUUGUAUGGAACUUUUCCGUAG